AUAUUUUUAAACCAAACAAUUCACUGAUUCAUCUCCCUCAUCAUAAGCCCUUCCUACCAGUAGAUCGGGGACCUGAAUUAGAAAAAUAAAGUGCAUCUUUUGUCGCUGCGGUUCCUGCGAAAACAACUGAGCCUUAAGAGCAUAAUUCGUUUUAAGAAUUAAGGCGCAUAGUAUCAUGAGUUCCGCGACAACAACACGCGCCUCUCGCAGCACACGUCACAACACAGCUACUCCAACAUCACUUAGAAAAACACGACAGGGAUCAUCAUCGGAUAAAACAAAGGCAGCAGCAUUACAUAGAGCGGCAUCAAAAUCCAUCUCAAAGAACGCUACUGCAAGCGAAAUUGACACUGAUGACGAGAACCAUAGAGAUGAAAGUGACGUAGCCACCAUUCAGUCACUUCGUGACGAGCUCGAAGAGUUGACAGACACAAAAGACCGACUCGAGGACAAAGUCAUUCAAUUAGAGGAGCGUAUUCAGUUCUUGGAAGCCAGUUCCCGCUUGGACGCUAGUAAGCAGGCAGCUGAAAUCAUGGAUCUCAAAGAAAAGGCUCGCAAGCUUGAAAUCGACCUCUCAACUGUCAUUGAUGAACGAGACUUCCUGGAACAAGAAAAUGAGCAGCUCAAGGCUCAGGUCUCAGAUACCGAAGUCAGAGAUCAAGCGAGACAGAUAUCAACACAACUCCAAGAUGCCUGGAUCCGGAUAGCGGCCAUGAAAGCUUCUCAGGAGGAGUACGUACAGAAAUUGUUCAAAGCAGAGGAAGCCAAUCUGAAGCUUCAGGCGGAAAUGGCUAAAGUGGUUGAUCUGUCCAACUCUGCCAAGAACUUGCAUAUGGACGAGAAACAGCGCUGGGAAUAUGAAAAGCAGGAACUUUUGGCGGGAAAUAACUCUCUAAAACAAAAACUUGCACAGGCGAGCACGGAUGGCGACAAACAGGUCCUUGACUGGGAACAGGAUCAAGCACGAGUCCGAAAUAGUCUGAAACACGGAAGAGAUACCUGGGAUAAGGAAAAGAAAGGCUUUUUGGAUCAGAUUGCAUCACUCAAAGUCAAAGUAUCUGCUUUAAGUGUCAAAAAAACAGCGCCACCUGAGUGGAUUUUAGAGAAACAUCGGCUACUUGAACAAUGUGCAACCUUGCAGAGUCGAGUAGCGUCUUUAGAGAGUGACCGAGCAACGUCAGUGGAGAGCGACCGAGCCAGUGCAAAUGCCCAUGAGAGCACUAAUAUCAAGAAAUUAGAAAGCGAGAAACAGAAAUUGGAGAAAAAAGUUGGGCAGCUGAAAGAAAAGCUUUUCGAAGUGAUGGAGCAUGCACUAAAAACCCAGGCUCAGGUGGAUCAGAGGAAAACAAGACAGGAUGUCGUGAGCAAGAAGCAACCCGGGACAUCACAGCGUCCUCGUGCUCCAGCACGAAAAUCUACUCGGUCAGCAGACCGAGAAUCAGGAUCGGACGAUGGUGAUGCUGAAGGUAAUGACGAUGUGCCUGAAGAGACGACGUUGAAGGAGAGCAAACAACCUAUUUCAAGAACUCGAGCCAGAAGGAAUGCGGCUGAGAAUGUAACCUACACAUUCGGAUCCAGUUCGUCUGAUAAAAGUAAGGAUAGCAGUGAGGACGAGGACGAAGAUCAAGAGGAAAAUCAGAACGGCGAUGAUGACGGUCAUAAUGCUGCUGACCACGAACAUAAUGAAGGCCAGAGCGCAGAUGAGGAUAUAGAGAUGCAAGAACCUGAGGCAGACGCUGGACCGUCGUCUCAACGUGGGGAACCUAAGGAAGCGAGCAAUGUUAUAGAAGAUCAGGAACAAGAAGAUGCCAAAGAAAAAGGAUUUGCGCCUUUAGCGCGGUCAAAAAGAGGAGCACCAGAUAAAUUCCGUAAGGCAAAUGACAACAAUUCCGACAGUGAUUUCGAACCGCCACAAAAAAAGACUGUUGCUGCACCCAGGAAUCGAGGGGGUACAAAGAAGACAUCUGGCAUAACUUUCGAACCAGCUCACAGGAAGACAAAGACAGUGUUAUCAAAUAAGGUUCUGGCACUGGAAGGUGAGGCUACCAUUCCGCAAUCUAGUACAACAAAAAAAACAAUACUAUCAGCACCAGAGACAACAGCAACAAUAUCAAAAGAGAUAUCUGCAGCUUCAGCAACAGUGUCUGUGGCACCUUCUUCAGGAGCAUCGACUUCAAACCCUACAAGACCUAUUGCAGUGAAUACGCCAGUCAACGUGACGGAUGCAGUUGAGUCGAAUAUAAACAAAGUUAAAAAGAGGCGAAAAUUGCUGACCGGUAAAGGUGUUGAAGAAUUGGGAGAUAUCUUGAACGGCCCUGGGUCUAGUUUAUCAUCUACACCAUCAUCAGGACUUGUCUUUGAUAAGGCUAAGGUUCGUUCCAAAGGUAGUAGCUCGACUCCAUUGGGAGCAACAUCAAAUCCUGCCAAGCUUGAGGCACUCAAUGCUAUCAAAAUGGCGUUUGCACUCCCUAAGCCUCGCAAUAACUCAUCAUCAUAUGAAACAGAAGCGUGAUCUUCUCUUGGCUCUGGCAGUCUUUUGAAGCUUUCAGGCUCAUGGCUUUGCAAGAUAUCUUUUUAUCUCCAUCAUGUAAUACAUGUCUGUAAAAUAAAAUAUAUAAUAUGAUUUGUUGAAU